CCACGGUCACCGUGCUCGGAACUACUUAACUUAUCGUUAUUCACCACCUAACUGUCUAUUAUCCAGUAGCACUUUCCGUCCUAUAGAUUUUGUGUAUCUCUUGUCGCCCCCCACUUCAUUACUCUCACAGGAAGAAUUUAAGUUUCUCUGAGUUGUUCUAUGGAAGAAUGACGUCCGAAGCAAGUUCUCAUAUUAGCGUUGGCGCUCUUAGCGCUAUCUUUGAUGAAUCGAAAUCCCAAGUUCGCGAGCCAAUUGUACAGUGUGUCCAAGUCAAGCCACUGCCUCCUCAACAAAAUAACCAAGAGCGUUAUCGAGCUGUCUUCAGUGACAUUUCAAACUAUGUCCAAACCAUGCUUGCAACUCAAGCGAAUUCCUUCGUUACGAGCGGUCAACUUAGGAAAGGGUGUUUUGUGAAACUGAAGUCCUUCCAGGCGAAUUCAGUGAAAGGCAAAAAGAUUCUGAUUGUUCUGGAUCUUGAAGUGCUGCAGGAACUGGGCGAGGCAGAAAAGAUUGGCGAGCCCAAGCCGUUAGAAAACAAAUCGGAAGAGGAGGAGAAAGUACAACCUACAGCCAUAUCCAGCAAUGGGUUUUAUGGCUCGAAGAUGCCACAGACACACCCGAGCAGUCGAGUACAAGCACGGCCUGGUGCAGCUUCAACGCACGCUACUAUGUAUCCCAUCGAAGCCAUCUCUCCAUACUCCCACAAAUGGACGAUCAAAGCACGAUGUACAAGCAAAUCGAACAUCAAAACGUGGCAUAACAGAAAUGGCGAAGGAAAGCUUUUCAGCGUCAAUUUGCUGGACGAUAGUGGCGAGAUACGUGCGACAGGGUUUAACGACCAGUGCGAGAUGCUUUAUGACGUUUUCCAAGAAGGAAGUGUCUAUUACAUAUCUAGUCCGUGCCGAGUCCAAAUUGCGAAAAAGCAGUUUACAAAUUUGAAUAAUGACUACGAACUUACGUUCGAGAGAGAUACAGUUGUUGAAAAGGCAGAAGACCAAAGCGAUGUACCGCAAGUUAGAUUCAACUUUACCUCCAUAGGUGAUCUUCAAUCUGUUGAGAAGGAAACCACCAUUGAUGUCAUAGGGAUCUUGAAAGAGGCUGGGGAGUCUUCCCAGAUCGUCUCGAAAACGACGAGCAAGCCUUACAACAAGCGUGAACUUACGCUGGUUGACAACACAGGGUAUUCGGUUCGCCUGACAAUAUGGGGCGCUACCGCGGUGGACUUUACCGUGGUGCCAGAGUCCAUCGUGGCUUUCAAGGGAGUCAAAGUAUCGGAUUUUGGAGGUCGGAGCCUGAGCUUAUUGAGCUCUGGGUCCAUGACUGUGGAUCCCGACAUUGAGGAAGCACAUAAACUCAAGGGCUGGUAUGAUGCCCAGGGAAGAGAUGAAAACUUCAUUUCGCACGCAUCUGUCUCGGGAGCAACCACAUCCAAGUCGAGACUUGAUCAGUUCAAGACCGUUGCCCAGGUUAGGGAAGAGCAGCUCGGGAUGUCAGAUGACGCCGUGUACUUCUCAUUGAAGGCAACUGUCAUCUACAUAAAGCGGGAAAACAUAUGCUACCCUGCUUGUCUUACAGAUGGAUGUAACAAAAAGGUUACGGAAAUAGAUGGUCAAUGGCGAUGUGAACGCUGUGACAAGACUCACCCAAGGCCCCAGUAUCGUUACAUGAUGCUCAUCAAUGCUAGCGAUCAUACCGGUCAACUUUGGUUAAGUUGUUUUGAUGAAGUUGGCAGGUUGAUGAUGGGCAUCUCGGCAGACCAACUAAUGGAGUUGCAUGAUAACGAUGAUAAUGCCGAAAGUGCUAUCGUCCAAGAUGCGAAUUGCCGGACUUGGAAUUUCAGAUGCAGGGCUAGAAUAGACAAUUUUGGUGACCAGCAACGUAUCCGUUAUCAAAUCUCCUCAGCCAACCCUAUCGACUACUCUGAAGAGGCAGGACGGAUCUCUGAUCUGAUUGAUUCAUACAACAUCUCUUGAACAUGACGACCUUGUGCCUGGUGUCUGUGUUGCUGCCUACUCUUCUUUGCUUAAAUGUGUUUAAAUGUGUUCUCCCCCCCAUCGCUAUAGGGAAUUAUGGGCUUUUCGCGGUGGCUUACUGAUUGGGAAUGCCUUGUUUUUAAUGGAACAAUCCGGGGUUCAACCUGUCAUUCAGGCCUUGUGUAUCUGCUUGCUACAUGUCAUUGAUGUUAUUUCCAUUGCUUUGACAGUUAGGUAUGAAAACCUGAUGUAGACAAUUUCAAUAGGCGUCGUGCAGCUCA